CUUGUAGAAUACACGCAUUCCGUUAAAAAAAAUAUCUAGAAAUCGAAAGCUAAGAUAAGAAUCAAACCCUAAUUCUCAAAAAAGAGGGCUUUUCACUUUGACAAAUCAAUUCACAAUCAAUUUACAAAUCAAAAGCCAUGGGGCAAGCAGAGAAAUUAAUGAAUCAGAUCAUGGAGCUCAAAUUCACUGCCAAAAGCCUUCAACGCCAAGCCAAAAAGUGCGAAAAGGAUGAGAAAUCCGAAAAACUCAAAGUCAAAAAAGCGAUCGAAAAAGGAAACAUGGACGGAGCACGGAUCUAUGCCGAAAACGCUAUCCGUAAACGUAGCGAACAGAUGAAUUACCUCCGGUUAUCGUCUCGUCUCGAUGCGGUGGUUGCUCGGCUCGAUACGCAGGCGAAAAUGACUACGAUCAGCAAGUCGAUGGGAUCGAUUGUGAAAUCGCUUGAGAGUACACUUGCUACCGGUAAUUUGCAGAAGAUGAGUGAGACUAUGGACCAGUUUGAGAAACAGUUUGUUAAUAUGGAAGUGCAGGCUGAGUUUAUGGAGAGUUCGAUGGCCGGAAGCACGUCGUUGAGUACGCCGGAAGGGGAGGUUAAUAGUUUGAUGCAGCAGGUUGCGGAUGACUAUGGUUUGGAGGUUUCUGUUGGACUGCCGCAGCCGGCUGGGCACGCGGUGGCCAGUAAGAAUAAUGAGAAGGUUGAAGAGGAUGAUCUCACCAGGCGCCUUGCCGAGCUUAAAGCGCGUGGGUAAAUUUUAAUUAUUUUCGUUAUAUGGAUUUGUUUCAAGUAAUUGUGUCUUGUUUUAUGAUAUGGAAUGUUAUAUCUGUGAUUUCGGAUUGGAAUAUGUAUAAAUGUGGAUGGUUUAAGUUUGUGUUAUGUGAUAUUUAUGUGCUAUUCGUAGUUGUUUA